ACAAUGUUUCGCAUAAAGUAGAAAAAGCGGGCACUGCUGAAAACAGCAACGAAGUUUUAGGCGGCGGGUAGCUCGGAUUGGGUAUUGUUUGAACGAGGCAUAAAAGCCCUCCCAGUAAUCGACAAGGGCCCUCCGAAUCAAACCAGUUGGUUUCAAUAUGGCGAAAAUUAUGAGCCUUAGUCUACUGGCGCUCUGCGCGUUGCUCCUUCCUACACAUGGACAAGCAGAACUCCAAGCGGCGGGCCUAAAAACUGGAGACGCAGGUGCCGGAUCUCACGGUUCGGAUCUACAUUGGCUGCCAAGACCAGGUCUCGGAAGACGUAAGCAUGAAACAUUUUAUAGUUGCCCGCGACGUCGUGAAGUCGUCAAGAGAUGUGUGAGCAGCACUUGUGGCGAAUACAAAUGCUCAGAUCUAUAUCGGUUCCGCCAGAGAGUGUGCACAGCUGACUGCCGGACGGGGUGCUUCUGCGCUUGGCCCUUCUUCAGAAACAAUGAUGGACGUUGCGUGCACUUCUGGCGGUGCUAUACUUACAGACGCCCCAGCUGGUCUGCGCUUCGCCCCUCUGGUGCUUCUGAUCAAGGUGCUGGAGAAUAUCCCGCUGGCUCGGGCUCAGCAUCUGUGCCUGGUAGCUGGGGCGGUGCUGUGUCUGGAACGCAGCCUGGCUCAAACCAGUGGGCUGGUGCAUCGGCUAGUGGAUGGCCUUCGGGAGCUGUCUUGGUGCCUGGUGGUGCCUGGGGCAGCGUGAAUGGCGCACCGAGCGGAGGCUGGGGCUCUGGAGCUGCGCAGUAUCCUGGUUCCUGGGGCGUGUCGACAUAUCCUCAGUAUCCUAAUGGCUGGAGCUCCGGAGUCGGCAAUGGAGUUUCCGGAGGUAGCAACGGCGGUUUAGUAAUUGGCAGUGGAGGUGUCGGAAGUAGCAGCGGUGGUUUCGGAACUGUCAACGGUGGCUUCGGAAGUGGCAGCGGUGCUGGCGGAAGUGGCAGCGGUGGCUUCGGUGUCGGUAGCGGGAGCUUCGGUGUUGCCGGUGGUAGUUUAGGAGGCAGCACUGGGGUUUUGGGAAAUGGCCUCGGCGUCGGUGGUAGUGCAAGCAGUGGCUUCGGAAGUGUACCUGGCGGCGGGGCUCUUGGAAGUAGCACUACGGGCGUAACCAACGUCAAAGCUCAAGGCUAAGGAGUAGCAACCCCCAUGUGUUCAGUGGUCGUCAGGAGCUAUUAUAUAUCUUUCAAGUACAUUACCAGCGCUGCGUAAGCGCUGCCUUGCAACGAAACGUGCCGCUGCGAAAAAUAAAUUGUGUCAUUGCAACAAAAA